CACGGCGAGGAUAAAGCAAGAUGGCGUCUGACGGUGAAGACGUUAUUGCAGUGUUCUUAAUCUGUGCGUCCAUGUACACAUAUAUGUCCUUUAUUACACUCUAUUAAAUAGAGUAAUAAUAACUGUUUGUAUAUUAGUCUGAGUGCACUUUGAUGCUUCUCCAUUUAGCUUAGCUCUCUAGUUAGCUUAGCUUGUUAGCUGCUAACAAAGAGAGGCGGAAGUGAUGAAAACACAUCGCUAAGCAGAGAUCAAGUGUGAGUGUAAAGUGUUGUGAUUGUGUGAAAAUGUGCGAAAGAACCAUAGCAGAGUACGAGGAGGAACUUUGUCCAACAAAAGAGGAGAAGGAGCGACAACAAGUUGUGUUACACACAACAGACAUCCAUCAGCUGAUUGGACACCAAGAAGAAUGUCUCCCUCAUCUGCAGGGGGACAGUUUCACUUUAGAGGAUCCACAGCCCUCACAUUUUAAAGGGGACGAGGAGGAUCCACAGCCCCAUUUUUUUAAAGAGGAAGAUGAGGGAGAGUGUCCUGUAGGGCAGCUGGAGGAUGAUGUCAUGACUGUUGUCUCUGUGAAGACUGAAGAGCAUGAAGACAAAGCACGUGAGUCCUCACAGCUUCAUCACAGUCCAAAUGUCCAGCAGCCCCUUCACAAUAAAGAGGAAGAGGAGGAUCCACAGCCCACCCACAUAAAAGAGGAAGAGGAUGAUCCACAGCCCACCCACAUUAAAGAGGAAGAUGAUGAUCUACAGCCCACCCACAUUAAAGAGGAAGAGGAUGAUCCACAGCCCACCCACAUUAAAGAGGAAGAGGAUGAUCCACAGCCCACCUACAUUAAAGAGGAAGAGGAUGAUCCACAGCCCACCCACAUUAAAGAGGAAGAGGAUGAUCCACAGCCCACCUACAUUAAAGAGGAAGAGGAUGAUCCACAGCCCACCUACAUUAAAGAGGAAGAUGAUGAUCCACAGUCCACCCACAUGAAAGAGAAAGAGGAGGAUCCACACAUGAAAGAGGAAGAGGAGGGAGAGUGUGUUGUAGGGCAGGAGGAGGAUGAUGUCAUGACUGUUGUCUCUGUGAAGACUGAAGAGCAUGAAGACAAAGCACCUGAGUCCUCACAGCUUCAUCACAGUCCAAACGUCUGUGAAGAACAUCUUCUCCCUGAACAACAGAAGUGGAGCUUCAGGAUGGAGCCAAAGCCCUCCCACAUUAAGAAGGAAGAGAAACACCCACUGAUCCCCCAUUUUAAAGAGGAAGAGGAUGACCCACUGACCACUCACAUCAAAGAGGAAGAGGAGGACCCACUGAUCCCCCAUUUUAAAAAGAAAGAGGAGUACCCACUGACACCCCAUUUUAAAAAGUUAGAGUACCCACUGACACCUCAUUUUAAAGAGGAACCAAUGGAUCCACUGAGCCCUCACAUUAAGGAGGAAGAGGAGGACCCACUGAGCCCUCACAUUAAAGAGGAAGACCAACUGACCCCUCACAUUAAAGAGGAAGAGGAGGACCCACUGAGCCCUCACAUUAAAGAAGAAGAGGAUGACCCACUGAGCCCUCACAUUAAAGAAGAAGAGGAUGACCCACUGAGCCCUCACAUUAAAGAGGAAGAGGAGGAACACAGCAUCAGUCAGCAUGUUGAAGGAGUGGAGGAGGUUGAUGUCACCAAGAUGCCAGUGACUGGUGUCCCUGUGAAGAGUGAAGAUGAUGAGGUCAAAGGUGAGAGUGAGGAGAAGAGAAGCAGCAGCUCAACACAACACAUGACAACAGAAGCUGAUGGAGACCACUGUGGAGGAUCACAAGCAGACAAGAUCUUAGCUCCACUAUCAGAUAGUGAGGACACAACGUCACACUCUCCUGACACUGAUGAUGAACACUCUAAACAUGAUAAGACAUGUCACACUGACAACACUCACUUCACAUGUUCUCUCUGUCACAACACUUUUAAUCGCUGCGGUAAUCUAAAAGUACACAUGAGAAGACACACCGGAGAAAAACCUUUUUCCUGCUCAGAAUGUGAUAAAAGUUUUGUAACGAAUCAACAAUUCAAAACACACAUGAGAACACACACUGGAGAAAAACCUUGUUCAUGUUCAAUCUGCGGUAAAGAUUUUACUCGAAGGCACAAUUUGAAAACACACAUGAGAACACACACUGGAGAAAAACUUUGUUCAUGUUCAAUCUGCGGUAAAGAUUUUACUCAAAGGCACAAUUUGAAAACACACAUGAGAACACACACUGGAGAAAAACCUUUUUCAUGCUCAGAAUGUGGUAAAAGUUUUGUAAUAAAUCAAAGUUUAAAAUUACACAUGAGAACACACACUGGUGAAAAAGCUUUUUUAUGUUCAAUCUGCGGUAAAGAUUUUACUCAAAGGCAAUAUUUCAAAACACACAUGAGAACACACACUGGAGAAAAAGCUUUUUCCUGCUCAGAAUGUGGUAAAAGUUUUGUAAUAAAUCAAAGUUUAAAAGAACACAUGAGAAUACACACUGGUGAAAAACCAUACUCCUGUUCAAGCUGCAACAAAAGCUUUCGUCACCGACAAUCUUGUACAGCACACAUGAGAAGACACCCAGGAGUUAAAGUGUUGAGUUGCAGUGUGUGUGGUGAAAGAUUGUCUUCUAAGUACCAGAGUAAGAAACACAAGUGUGCUGGUGAGAACAGCAGCAGCAAAUGAAGAUGCAGGAUUUGAAAUAAACUUUAACUUUGACUUUCUAACAACAUCAGCACAUAUAACAUGUGUGACAUCAUUGUUGUGUGUGUAACACAAUCUUGUUAAUAUGAUUCUAACAUUUAUAGAUGAGACACUUCAGAUUAGUGCUUUUAUUUCAGUCAAGUACAUGAGUUAAUAUACACAUUUGUGUACUUUAAAAUGAACAGAACAAUUGGACUGAAAAGGUGACAAUAAACACUACAUAAAAUAUGUUACACACAAUAAACAUUUUAUUUGUAGAUAUUCAUAAUUCACUUUUGUACUUAUUCAUAAUAGUGUUUUACAUAUGUUUUUUUAAAUAAUGAAGUGUUACAUAUUUUAUUUUGUAAUUGUAGAUGAUUCCAUAGAUGAACUCCUUUAUAUGAUAUACAUAUUUGUUUUACAUGUGUUCAUACCUUUGCUUUUGAGUACACAUAAAUCCCUCUUAGUUCAUAUUUACUGGUUCACAUCUGAAACAUCUUCUGGACCACUUCUGGAAGCAUAUUAUUAUUUACUUUAUACAUCAUUUGAGCAGUUGUCUUUUAUACAAUUUUAAAAUAUGUGACUUUAUGAAUCAUUAGUUGGGUCUCUAUAAUCCAUUCUAUUAAUUGUCUUUAUUACUCUCUUGUGUAAUAUGAAUAUUGUUGUGUGAUUGUUUUAUAUGUAUGUCCCCAGACCUUUAUGCAA